AUGUUACGGGAAACACUAAAACGUUCUUUGUGCCUUGAAGUGCAAUGCUCUGGGGCUGCGAAGACGUGCUCGUGCCAGUUCUAUCCUACAACCGGAAGUGAAGCCACACGCCGGGUUACGGGGACAGAGGACAAGCGAGAGAGAUGCGGACGCCAUUUUCUAUUUAAAAAUCCUUUCUCAUUUCAAAUAUCAUCUCUUCUCUCCUUCUUCCUCUUAAUCUCUUCUUUCUCAUAUCAUUUUCUCUCUCUCUCUCUCUCUCUCUCUUUGACUUUCUUUCUAUCUUUCUUAUCUCGUAUUCUUCCAUCUCAACCUCUUCUUUCUCAUAUCGCCUUCAUUCUCCCUUCUCCUUUCUUUCUUAUCUUUUCCUCCCUCUAUCAAUAUCUUCGUUCUCAUCUCGCCUUCUUUCUCUGUCUCUCUCCCUUUCUUUCUUUCUUUCUUUCUUUCUUUCUUAUUUCGUCUUCUCUCUAUCUUAAUCUCUUUUCAUCUCACCUUUUUUCUCUCCUUUUCUUUAUUUCUUUCUUUCUGUCUUUCUUUCGCAUAUCGUCUUCUUUCUCUCUCUCUCAUUUUCUUUCUUUCUGUCUGACUUUCUUUCUCAUAUCGUCGUCUUUCUCUCUCUCUUUCUCUUUCUUUUUUCUUCCUAUUUUCUUUCUCAUAUCGUCUUCUCUCUCUUUUUCAUUCUUUCUUUCUUUCUGUCUUUCUUUCUCAUAUCGUCUUCUUUCUUUCUCUCUCUCUCUCUCAUUUUCUUUCUGUCUUUCUUUCUUUCUGUCUUUCUUUCUCAUAUCGUCUUCUUUCUCUUCCCCUUUUUCUUUCUUUCUUUCUUUCUGUCUUUUUUAUCUCGCCUUCUCUCUAUCUUAA